CACGUAUCUGGUCGAAGAAUUAUUACUGUACCACGUGAACGUGACGACAUUUAUUUCGCUGUGUAAUUUGGAGAAGACAGCAGUUCUGUUCGCAUCGUUUAUAGACCUGCAAGAGUGCGAACGCGACACGCAUUUCGGGAGAAAAUAAGCCUCCUAAGCCCUAUAAUAUUAAUAGUACAUUGUACAGUCUCGGACAGAAGGCGGUUGGGUUAAAGUUAUCCCGAAUCAGUUGUACAUACGUAUGUAGGUGCGUGCUUGUAUGUAUAUAUUUAUACCUACGCAGAUUUGUGGGAGGAUGCAAAUUGACGUGGGAAAUAAUACGGAGAGUGUUUUUCGUCUUUGACUCACCGAAAUGUUGAGGUUUCGCAAAGUAUUCACGAAGACCGGAUGCUCGGCGAUAGGGAUGAUACACGUGGGCGGAUUGCCAGGAACGCCACGAUACGGAGGCAACGUUAAGAGAAUUAUCACAGAUGCGCUCGACGACGCCGCGAUUUAUGCAAGUUGCAAAGUGGAUGGCGUCCUGGUGGAAAAUAUGCACGACAUCCCGUACGUCCGAUCUAAGGACUUGCUUCCGGAAACUACCGCCUUAAUGACGAGAGUUUGCUCUGAGAUCAGGAAAAUUGUUCCUCGACACGUGCCUUGUGGGGUUCAGGUUUUAGCAGGAGCGAAUAAAGAGGCAAUCGCCGUGGCACAGGCAGCUGACUUACAGUUUAUCAGAGCGGAAGGUUUCGUUUUCUCGCAUAUAGCCGACGAGGGAUUCACGGACGCUAGUGCCGGGAGUUUGUUGAGAUACCGUAAACAAAUAGACGCCGAAGAUAUCCUUGUAUUUUCCGACAUCAAGAAGAAACAUAGCGCACAUUCUAUUACAUCCGAUGUAACUUUAUCCGAGACCGCCAAGGCAGCUGAGUUCUUCUUGACGGAUGGUGUUAUCAUAACAGGAUCUGCUACUGGUGAUCCAGCGGAUGCCUCGCAAGUAAAGGAAGUGAAGCGGGUGGCAAAGGGGCCUGUCAUCGUUGGUUCAGGUGUGACUACUGAAAAUUUAGAAAAAUACCUUACAGCAGAUGCUGUUAUCGUUGGAACGUACUUCAAAACUGACGGACAAUGGAAAAACGCGGUUAAUUCAGACCGAGUGAAAUGCUUCAUGGAAAAACUUGGGAAGCUUCGAUAGCUUGAAAAUAAGCAGACAUUGAACAUUCACAAAUUGCGAACACACGUCGAAAUAAUUUACUGAAAGUUAAACGUAAGGGGCCAUCCAUAAAUUACGUCACACGAAUUUUAGAACUUUUAAACUCCUCCCCCCGUCCUUGUCUCAGGUUGUCACAUUUUUAGAACCCCCUCCCCCUGAUGUGACGUAACAAAUUUUUCAAACUUAUGCAUGUAUUUAAAAGAAGUCAAAUGAAAACAGUUAUUUUCAUUUUUUUCUUAUUAUCAUUGAAUAAUCUUUAAUAAAAUCAACAUAGAGUCGAAUAUUUAUGAUAUCAGAGAGAAAAAAUGACUAGUUAGGAAACAAAAAGCGACUAUUUAAGCAUCUCCAAGACGCUCACGUUGAAUUUUUUCAAAGUUUUUCACCAAGUCAACUUUAAUCUGCAAAUAUUUUGAACAAAUUUUGAACUACAUAAUUUUUAGUUACAAACGUUUCAAAAAUGUUCCUACAAAGAAUUUUUUUUUAAUUUUACACUGAAAAGUAUCCUCUUGUACGUUAAAAAUAAAUGAUUCAUGUCAAUUCGGAACAGUUCUCCCUUUGUUACAAAUUCUUUUUUCGACAGACUAUUCCCUGCUAAGUGAAUUAGGGGAUGGACAUUUUUGGAUUUUGAUUGAAAUUUUGAUAAUUAAAAUGAUGCUGGAGUGUAUUCUUUGAUGCGCUGCAUAAAUGUAAUUUUCCGAGAGGAAUCUAUGAG